AUGAGUGAAUUUUCAAGGGAUAAAUUUCCAUUUGAUGCAAGUAAUAAAAAUUUGUUAAAAACUGUAUCCAAUAAAUCCAGGACUUCAAUCCUUUGUGAUCACGAUCAGAAUCAGUAUUUGACACCAUCUUCAUUCCUGACAUCGAAUUCACUACCUACCUCACUACCACCUUCUAACAGUUUAUCGCUUCCGAAACAUGAAUCAUCCUGCUAUAGUAAUAAUGCAACCAAUCAACCAGAAACUUUCACUUUACCCGAUUGUAAUGCUACAUUUGAGAUUCAUUCAGAGGUACAAACAGAUGGUGGAAUACAGAAACAACAAUUAAGUGAACUAAUGAUACAGAAGAAUAUAUCGAAAUUGGAAGAUAUCUUAGCUGGUAUAUCACUUUCUACAUUCGUUGAACCAACAAAGACUGCCAAUAAUGGAGUUACAGGGCUAACUUCACCAAAGAAACAAAGGUCGCUAUCAAAUAAUGAUGAAAUUCAUACAAAUCGAGACAAGCUUCAUCCAAUAUUUGCUGAAAUGUCCUGGGCCCAUUUAUUAUUCAAGGACACUAAUAACCUUUAUGAUGAAUUCAAGGAGAAUCCAGAAAGGAUACUUGAUGAUCAUUUGAAUCGAAUAUGGAAAAAACGUGAAACGCAGAUGCUAUUUGAGGAUCGAGUUGACCUGCUAACUGAAAACAAGGAGUAUUCAAAGAGAAAUUACAAAAAUCACAGAGAAUAUUAUUUCAUUAAUAAUGUGACUGUGGAACAACAUAAUGAUUCAGGUAAUACUCUACGAAAACGUUUAAUGCGAAAUCAAGUCUACCAGGAUUUAAAAACUCAAGAGAGUUCAUGUGACAGUAAUAAUAAACAAUAUGGAUUUGAUCCGGUGAAAGAAUUACUCAAUGAACCUAUUGAUAUGUCAAAUCAAUCCCAAGUUUAUGACUGUAAUAGUCAUUACUGUCAAUCAUAUGAUCAAAGUAGCUAUCAAAUGUAUUAUUGCCUACACGACAACUUCUAUGGUAAUUGCAAAAACUUUUGUUUAAAAGAAGUAUAUGAAAGUUCUACAAGAGGCCUAAUUAAACCAAAUAAUGAGAAACAUUCAGCAGUUUGUUAUAACAAAAUUUUACAAGAAACUAUGCAAGAUGACAAUAAAUCUGAUAUCUCUGCAUGUUUGAUGAGAAAAGAUGACCGAAGUAACCGAAUACAUCUUAUAAAAAGGCGCCAUUCGUAUUUUAACUGUUCAGAUAUAUCUAGAAUUAGCAAUUAUAGAAAUUCACUGUUAGGUUGUCAUUCGACCCAAUCACUGAUUUCGUUAUCGACUAUUAUCAAUGAUAAAGAUGGUCACCUGUUGAAAAAUUCGGUGAUUUGUAUAGUCUGCAUAUCAGAGAAUUCCCUGCCAUACAUAAUUAUAUGUGAAGAUGAACAGUGGAACUUAAGAAACUUUAAGGAGAGAAUAAUAUAUCAAUUGUAUUCCAACCAGCAAAGAAACGAAAAUACAGUAUACAGUGAACUCGAAAUUUCUAAACAACGGUUUUACUUCAAAACUGAAUCAAGUGAAUUCAAUUCCAACGCUGUAUACCACGAAGUUAUUGAUGAAGAAGAAGUUAUACCUCGUUGGAAAGGUUUAAUAUGGGCUAAAAUAGAGAAAGACUACACUUAUUGA